CUACACACAUGAGAGAUGUUCAGGUGGUUUAUGUCACUGCUGUUGGUCUCGGGCUGGUGCGUGAGUGAACGGUUCCAGCGCAGCAUCAACAGGCCGUACCGCUCGCAGCUGCGGGUUCAUAACGGCAUGCGCUGGGGCUCGUGGGGACUGAAGGACAUGUGUCCGGCGGGGAUGUAUGCCGCAGGCUUCAGUCUGAAGGUUGCAGGUUUGUGGGAGUCUCUGCUGGUCGGUGAUAACACGGCUCUCAAUGGGAUUCGUCUUCACUGUAUCGACCCUUGCAAGGGUUCAUCGGGCCCGUACGAAGACUACGCCUCGGUUCAGUCUGAUGCCGGGAGCUGGGGUCAAUGGACGGACGUUAAAUGGUGCUCGCGGGGGGUUUUGACAUCUUUUCAGCUGAGGGUUGAACCCUAUCAAGGGGGCUGGGACGACACGGCAGCGAACAACAUCAGGUUUAACUGCAGUGGGAACACAGAAGUGCUGCAGGGAUCGGGAAGGUCGUGGGGUGUCUGGGGCGACUGGAGCGACUCGUGUGAGGGAAGAGGAAUCUGUGGGAUUGAGACGAUGGUGGAGUCGCCGCAGGGGGUCGGAGACGACACGGCUCUCAAUGAUGCGCGGCUUUACUGCUGCGAUUAGACCACAAACUGGUCAAUGUAUGAGAGAACUUUCUUCAAAUCAGGUUUUUAGGAUGGAUGAAUUACUCAGGGCUUUUUUUGUCAAGUCACGAUUUCUCAUUCACGUCUCAUUUAUAUGUAAUAGACAUGAAAAACACCAAGGACAUUUAAUACCAACAUCGAUAAUAGCACAUGACAGUAGUUCAUUUACUUUUGUAGUAAACUUACCCAUCAGUCAAAUUUCAUUUGCCAGUAGAAAAAAAAUGAUUAAUCUGAUUCUGUAGUAAAUGCACAUUAAAAAGUAUAAAUGAAAGAUAAGGAUAAAUAUCAGAGUCUCACGUGUUAUAAAGAUCUUAAACAAUCCAACCGUUUCAAUAGUAUAAUACAUCUGUAGCACGUGUCCAUUACCACAGAAAAUCAAAUGAAUUGUGGUGAGGAAUCGACAUGACAAAAUAUUGUCUGCCGUAAUUUAAUCGAUCAGAAUAAUAGGUCGAGAAUCUAAAACUCGAAAUCUUUGAUCUUUACAUAAAAAUGUAGUUUGUUUGUCUGAUGUGUAACUAAUUAUUCAGCAUUCAAACUACAAAGAUUUUUAAUAAAUGACACUGCAUGUAC